AGGAACCCCGAUUACUAGGGCUGGCGAUGGUUCCAGGUCAUCAUAUUGUCAAACUUUUCAUCGAUCAAGCUUUCAUCCCAUCCAGGGAUCGAUUAAAUACUUCACCCUCUCGAACCUGCGACUCAGAUGAAUGAACUGUGUGUUAUAUCAUUACGAUUAUUAUUAUUAUUAGUAUUAUUAUUAUUUAGGAAUUUUUAAAUAACUCUCAUGAACUAACAAAUAUUAAUUCCAGAAGUAUAAAAUGAAUGCUGUGAAGUUGUUACGGAGGCUUCCUGGCCUAAGAAUAUAUCCGAGAAUCCAAAAAGUUUCACUAAAUCCGGGAAAAAAUGGCGCGGAUAGUGCCUCCAUUUUUCAUCACUAUCAAGCUUUCCGACAUUUCUCAGAAUCUCGCGCAAUUCUUUGCUCAAAGCCUGUCGGGGCAGUGGAGAUAAAAAAGCUGCAGUUGUCCUACACCUGCAAAGUAUGCGGCAACCGAAGCACAAAAUAUAUCUCUAAGUUAGCUUACACAAAAGGAGUUGUAAUUGUCAAAUGCGAGGGUUGUGAAAACAAUCAUCUUAUUGCUGAUAACCUGGGGUGGUGGCCGGACUUAGAAGGAAAAACAAACAUUGAAGAGAUCUUGGCUGAGAAAGGAGAAAUCGUUGAUCGUGGUUACGUUCAUCAUUCAUAGUAACAGUCUUAACAGGCCAGGUCGACGUGAUAUUAAGUAAUCCUCAAAUCAAAUAGUUUCAUUAUCGAUUUACAACGCUACCCUUUCAACCCCUUUUGGAGCAAAACUGUUGUAGAUAUCCCUGUUUUCUAUUUUAAAAUUGAUCAUAUCUGCCUGGAAGUUUAUCCAUCUGCCUGGAAGUUUAUCUAUCUGCCUGGAAGUUUAUCCAUCUGCCUGGAAGUUCAUCCAUCUGCCUGAAAGUUCAUCCAUCCGCUUAGAAGUUUCCAUCUGCCUAGAAGUUUAUCUAUCUGCCUGGAUGUUUAUCUAUCUGCCUGGA